CUCCCCCACUCUCUCUCCCCCUCUCUCUGUCUCUGUGUGUGUCUGUCUGUCUGUUGUAGUUCCCAGAGUGUGGCUUCUAUGGCAUCUAUGACAAGAUCCUGCUAUUUAAACAUGACACAGGCACCAACAACAUCCUGCAGCUGGUCAAGGCUACCCAGGACAUCCAGGAGGGAGACCUGGUGGAGGUGGUUCUCUCUGGUGGGUAGCAGUCUCUCAUCCACUUCUGCUCUCUUUUCAUCCACCCAUCCUCUUCUCCCUUACUCAUCCUUUCAUCCACCUAUCCUCAUCUUCCUGCUCCCCUCCUCUUUUUCUCUCUGGUCCUCUCAUCCUCUUAUUCCUCCUAACCCUCUCUGUUCCUAUCCCUCGCAUCCUUAUGUUAUUGAACACUAAAUAGAGCCACAGGAAACAUGCAUAACACCUUGCACUCAACACCAUGUGUGUUUGGACAAUUUGGCUCUAUACUCCAGCAUUUUGGAUUUGGGCCAAGCAUAAUCUGAAACACAACCAAAACAAACUGCAAAUGCAUCCAUUUGCAGAGUCACAAGCUUUGUGUAAUCAUUGUGUGCAGGGAAUAUAGGACCAAAUUCAAAAAUGUUGACUACUUUUGAAAUGUUUGACUACACUAUUAGUGAAUUUAUCCAAAUACUGAUGACUUCUGCAAAUGGGGGACUAGAUACAAACAGAGCUUUCAUUUCUAACCGGAUAAACAAAUGUGUGAAAAUACCCUCAAAUAAAAGGUGACAUUCUGUAAUGUUGCCUCAUAUGAAACAUUUGAUCUCAACUCCAAAAUGCUGGAGUAUAAAGCAUAUUCACAGACAGUAUAUCAUUGCUAAAGUGAUUGACAGAUUGAUACCCUGGUUGAUACCCAGACUGACUGUUGUGUUUCUCUGUGUGUUGUCUGUUUGCAGCUGCUGCCACCUUUGAGGAUUUCCAGAUCCGGCCUCAUGCACUGAAUGUCCACUCGUACCGCGCCCCAGCCUUCUGUGACCACUGUGGAGAGAUGCUGUUUGGACUGGUCAGACAGGGCCUCAAAUGUGAUGGUACGAGAGACAGAGAGAGAGAGAGGGGCGGGGGGGGGGGGGGGGGGUGGUUGUUCUGCCGGCCUGAUAAGUAUUUUGUCUGAAGAAGGGCAUUGGUUUAUAUUUAAAUUACGCUCUUAUCCAGAGCGACUUAAAGUUAGGGCAUUCAUCUCAAGAUUCAUCGCUAGGUGGGAAAACCACAUAUGUCAGUGAUAGUAAGUACAUUUUCUCUCAAUAAAGUAGCUAUCUGCAAAGUCAUUUCCCCUUUGUGUGUGAGCUCAACUCCCCAACUCCUCCCCCUUCCUUUCUCUCUCUCUCUCUCUCUCUCUCUCUCUCUCUCUCUCUCUCUCUCUCUCUCUCUCUCUCUCUCUCUCUCUAUCCGUCUCUGCCUCUCUCUCUCUCUCUCUCUCUCUCUCUCUCUCUCUCUCUCUCUGUGUGUGUGUGCCUCUCUCACUCUCUGUCCUCCCCUGCAGGCUGUGGACUGAACUACCACAAGCGCUGUGCCUUCAGCAUCCCCAACAACUGCAGCGGCGCUCGCAAGCGGCGCCUGUCCACCACGUCUCUGACCAGUAGCCAGUCGCUACGUCUGUCCACCAGUGAGUCCCUGAGCAGCGUGGGGACCAGCUCAGUCAGCACCUGCAUGGAGGAUGCCAGCCUGAUCCGCUCUCACACCACCCAGACGCUCCCGAACUCCACCUGUACCACAUCAGCAUCCCUGGGCCUGUCCCCCAGCACCUCCAUCACUAGGCCCAUGGUCCGCGCUAACACUCAGAUGGUACUUCAUCCACUCAACUCCUCCUAGUGUCUGUCUUUAAUAGUACACUGCUCCGUGCAGAGUUGAGGUCAAUUCGAUUUCAAUUCAAUCAAUUCAGGAUGUAGAUUUACUCAUUGCUUUUCAGGAAAAUUGGAGUGAUGUCAGUUUACGUCCCGGAAUUGACUGUGUUGAAAUGGGAUUGACCCCAACCAUAGCUCUGUGUGAUAGACAUGGAAAGCCAACACUCUGAUUUACAUACCUAGAAAUACCAUGGAUAGAUCAGUAUAAUUGUAGUUUCUUCGUCUCCUUCCGUCCCCAGCCGCGGACCCCGAGCGAGGCGCGGCGGUUCUACACGGGCCGGCCGGUGCACCUGGACAAGAUCCUGAUGAGCAAAGUGAAGGUGCCGCACACGUUCGCAGUGCACUCCUACACGCGCCCCACCGUGUGCCAGUACUGUAAGAGACUGCUCCGGGGCCUCUUCAGACAAGGGCUGCAAUGCAAAGGUUAGUAUGGGGUCAAAGGAUAGUGUGGGGUCAAAGGUUAAUGUGGGGGUCCCAGGGGUUUAUCAAGAGGGGGAUAACUUAUUUGGAGUGCAUAUUGGAAGAAGAUAAACUGUCUAACAAUGACGUUGAUUGUUCGUGUUGUGUCGUAGACUGCAAGUUCAACUGCCACAAGCGCUGUGCGUACAAGGUUCCCAAUGACUGCCUGGGGGAGACAAUAGGAGGUAAAGAAGACAAACACAUUUGUAUGUUGUGUCAUGUUGUAUGAUGAUGUUGUCAUGUUGUAUGAUGAUGUUGUCAUGUUGUAUGAUGAUGUUGUCAUGUUGUAUCAUGAUGUUGUCAUGUUGUAUCAUGAUGUUGUCAUGUUGUAUGAUGAUGUUGUCAUGUUGUAUGAUGAUGUUGUCAUGUUGUAUCAUGUUGUGUCAUGUUGUUAAAAGUGUGGCCAUGAUUUGUCCAGCCACACUUCAGAUAACAUUAUCUAUAGCAGGGAUGGGCAACUUUGAUGGGGGUGGGCGCCACAAAAAAACAGAACUCAUCAUGAGGGGCCGCAGUGGCUUGUGGGUCUGCGUACCCACAUCCAUACCCUCUAAUAUUAUAUGCAAUAUUAGUACUUAUAUAGAGUACUAAUAUUAUAUAGUACUUACUUCUCAAAUUUUUUUUGGAUUUUCUCAGACAACAGAAGUGGUAAGUACUGCCUACUUACAUACUGGUAUAAUGGGGCUUUGUAAUGGAAGGUGGUGUUACCCUAUUUUCUUUGUCUAUUCUCUAGAUAUCUUUGUAGUCAUGUGUGUCUGGCUCUGUCCUUCUUUCUCCUCCAGACAUGUUGAGUCCCAGUGUGGACCACGAGGUGCCUAUGGACUAUGCCGACUCAGACAAGUCUUCUCUGAUGGACGAUUCAGACGAGGCCUGCAGCAUCCCUGGUUCUUUCUCCCCUGAGAGCAGCCAGGAUGGGGUCAGUGGGGACCAGAGGUACAUACGUACGCACACGCACAAUAACACGCACACACACACGCACACACACACCUACACCUAACACUGUCUCUCUGUUCCUCAGCGCUAACAUCCCAUUGAUGAGGGUGGUUCAGUCUAUGAGGCAGACCACCCGUCGCUCCAGCACAUCCAUCAAAGAGGGCUGGAUGGUGCACUACAGCAACAAGGACACACUGGUAAAACUACUGGCUGACUGGCUGACUGACAAUGUGAAACAUUUUCUCUACCACACCAGAUUCCAUUUUUUCUCGCUCUCUCUCUUUUUAUUUGAUUUUUUAAACUUUCAGAUACAUUUUCUCUAUCACACCAAAUGUUACUUUUUUCUACUUCUUUUCUAAAACGUUCAUAAAAAACAAACAAUUAUAUUCUAUUUUAAGGGUACCUAAUUAACACUUUAUAAGGCAUUUAUAAAUUGUGUUCACUGUUUAUUAAUCAUUACUCCCACAUUUGUAAAUGUUAGUAAGCUAGUUAAUCACACAUUUAUAUAUAUAUUUCCUUAAACAUCCUGUUUUGUGUGCUUAUUCUUUUACCAGGUACUGCUGGAAUGUCUACCAAUGGCUAACCGAUUAAACUCAACGAUUUACGAUGGAGUUGUGCGGCAACUAACGUGGGCGGACUGGAGCUCCGACGUCAUAUAAAAUGACGUUUUUAUAAAAAGAUCACUCAUUUAAUCUCCCAAAGAAUACCCCGCAAUUACACACAACAUUGUUCUGUGUAAUUGUGGGCUAUACAAUGGUGCUGAAAAACAAAAAAACAAACAAAAAAACAUUUUAUGUGAUGUCGGCACUCCAGUCCGCCCACACUAGUCGCCGCUCAACUCCAUCGUAAAUCGUGGUGUUGAGUUUAGUCAGCUAGCCAAUGGCAUGUCCAUCUUUUUGUGAGAACACUGGUCACUAAAUACAUGUAUAAAGUAUUUAUAAAGUAUAAAUUGCACUCACUUUAGAUUCGGGAAGGCAAAAAAAAACAUAACUAAUGAUUAGUAAAUGUUGGAGUAAUAGUAAAUGUUGGAGUAAUAGUAAAUGUUGGAGUAAUGAUUAAUAAAUUGUGAACACACAAUAUAUAAAGGCCUUAUAAAUGGUUUAUUAGGUAUCCUUAAAAUAGUGUUACCAGUCUACUUCUUUUCUAAAACUUUUAGAGAAGGUUUGUUCUCCAUGACAUUGACACACUCUGUUUAUCAUUCCCUCUACCUCUCCAAUCUUCCAUCUCUUCUUCACAAUGUUUUCUGUUGGAGUUUCUCUUACCUCUAUAACUCUGACCUCCUUCGCCGUUAAUGCUCUUCCUUUUCAUCUCUGUGAAAGUGUGUUUGUGUAUCUCCGGCUGAGUGUGAUAGAUGGAGUAUAACUGCUCCCUACUGCACUAAAGUACUCAGAGACGUGUGUUGAAUUCACAUCCACAGCCUCUUUUUUCCCUUCGCCUUCCUCUUAGAAAGUGUUGCUGUUUACCUGAACUCAGACCUGAGAUACUUCCUGCUUACCUGUCCUGCUUUUCACUGUUACUGUCUCUUUUCUCUCUCUUCCUUCCUACCAUUUCCUUUCCUUUCUUCCUCUCCUCCACCUCUCAGCUUGCCAUCCUCAUCGUUCUCCUUGUCCACGCUUCCGGGACCACAGCUUAACCUUUGACCCCUCAGUGAACCUUGGUUGACCCCUGAACCCUUUACCCCAUGUCCCCUCCUACUCCUCCUGCACCUCCACAGAGAAAGCGGCACUACUGGCGUCUGGACUGCAAGUGCAUCAUCUUGUUCCAGAACAACACCACCAACAAGUACUAUAAGGUAUUGGAUUCUCCAGCACCACUCAACUAGAUUAGCAACACAAUAAACUUCACAGGUGCUAUAUGAGUCGGGUGUCAAUCAAUCAAUCAACUUUAUUUUAUAGAGCCCUUUUUACAUCAGUACUGGUCACAAAGUGCUUAUACAGAUACCCAAAAGAGUGUGCGAUGCAGAUGUAGAUGGUCUCUCACAGUAAAAGUCUACACACCCCUUGCAGAGUUUUGACAAUUUGCUGCCUUAAAGUUGAAUCUAAAAAGGGAUUGAAUUAGAUUCUUCUCAUAUUGAUCUACACAACCUACUACACAUUUUCAAAGUGAAAGAAAAAUGAUAGAAUGUAAAUAAAGAAAAAUGUCUUGAUUGCGUUUGUCUUCACAUAUUAACUUGAUUGCGUACAUCCCCUGUCCUCACGUCCUUCCCCCUGUCCUGUAGGAGAUCCCUCUGUCUGAGAUUCUGGAGGUGCGCCCCGCAGGUGACUUCACCCUGGUUCCUCCGGGCACCAGUCCCCACUGCUUCGAGCUUGUCAUGGGCGCCAUGCGCUACUUUGUAGGGGAGGACCCCAACAUCCACGUCCCCGCCCUGCCCCCCACCACCCCACAGGCCUUCCCGCCCACACCCCCCUUCCCCCAGCAACGUGGUACCCAAUAGCGGCGUGGGGCGGGAAGUGGCCAAGGCAUGGGAGGGUGCCAUUCGCCAGGCCCUCAUGCCAGUCAUCUUCCAGGAUGCACCACCGGUAGAGGGACACACUCCCCACAGUAAGAAAUAUAACUUCACAAUAAUAAUAUGGUCAUUUAGCGAAACUUUAAUUCCCAAGUGUCUUAGUUCUAACGUUCCAACCAAGUUAGCCAUCUAAAGAACAGAAUCAUGGGGUCUGGAUCUGAUCUCAGUCUAGCUCUUAGUCUGGAUUUACAGCACUGCUGUUUGUGAUCUGGGGAAAGGGGGCUGGUGUUGAGGGAGAUUUACAGUGAAAGGCUUCUGAGUGGUAUGCAGUCCAAAGCUCGAGGAACUCAGAAGCUUGUUUUCAGAGCUCUUUGCGCACACACACACACACGCACACGCUCUCUCUGUAGUGACCCCACAUAAGCUCAGAUGGAAGUCCUGUAUAUCUUAGUGUGGAUGGUUAGCAUGUUUUACUUUGAUCCGCAGGACAGGCUUCUGUCAGCAUCUCAGUGUCUAACAGUGUGAUCCAGGAGAAUGUGGUGAGUAGUCUCUUGACACACAGUCAUAAUACAUGAUCGUACAUUAUACACAUUCACAAUCAUUACCAAGGACGUUGUGGUGAUGAUAAUGAUGAUCAAAUGUACGAUAAUGAUGAUGAUUAUGUUGCUGAUGCUUUUUUAUCAAUUUCUCCUCCAGGACAUUGGUAUGGUGUACCAGAUAUUUGCAGAUGAAAUCCUUGGUUCUGGGCAGUUUGGAGUGGUGUAUGGAGGCAAGUGUCUCCAAUCUUCUCCAAUCUCUGUUUUGAGUCGUUGAAUCACAAUUAAUCAGACUCCUGUAAUUUCCUCUCUUCUUCCUGCCAUCAGGGAAGCACAGGAAGACGGGGCGUGAUGUGGCGGUGAAGGUGAUUGACAAGCUGCGCUUCCCCACCAAGCAGGAGAGCCAGCUGAGGAACGAGGUGGCCAUACUGCAGGUAACCACCAGGGGGAGACAGAUACACAUCUUCACUGGGUCUCCCACUACUAGUCUAGUUCAUCAGCUGUGUGGCUGGUGGCUUACUGCUGCCACACAAAGAUUGCGUCCCAAAUGGCACCGUAUUCUCUACAUAAUGCACUACCUUGGUAAAAAGUAGUGCAAUAUGUAGGGAAUAGGGUGCCAUUUGGGAUUCAAACCUCAAAUACACAACACGUUAUCAGCAACAAAAGAGUGAUCAAAUUAAGAUCCAACGUCUGUACAGGCCACAAGGGUCCAUUUUUACAUCAUGGGGUUGUCAUGCCAACUGCAUUCAAUUACAUUAGCAGGUUUUGCAGCAGAAUUAUCUCUAUGGGGUGCACUUAGAUAAAGGUCAAGUGACAAAUAAACACUGCCUUCGCACUAUACUCUAACUGAUACUCAUUCUAAUUCUCUCCUCUCUGUAUCUUUCUCUCCCUCCCUGUGUGUCAUUUCCCCUCUUCUGCCAUUUCUCUCUUUUCUUCUCUGUCUCUCUCACUGUCUCUUGCUCUUUUUCCCCAUUUUCCACAUGCUUUCCCUCUCUCCCCUCUUCCUCCUCCCCCUCCCUCUCGCCAUCUCUCAGAGUCUACGUCACCUGGGCAUAGUGAAUCUGGAGUGUAUGUUUGAGACUCCAGAGAAGGUGUUUGUGGUGAUGGAGAAGCUCCAUGGAGACAUGUUGGAGAUGAUCCUGUCCAGUGAGAAAGGCAGGCUCCCAGAGAGGCUCACCAAGUUCCUCAUCACACAGGUCAGUGUGUGUGUGUGUGUGUGUGUGUGUGUGUGUGUGUGUGCACUCCCAUACGACAACAAAUACAUUUACAAAGAAUUUUUUUAUAAUUAUUUAGGAUACAUGUGACAUUUUUACAAUUGGACAAUCAUGUAUUUGUCCAAUUGUAAUGUUCCACGAAAUGAGUGCCUUUUGCGGCCCUUUUGAUAAGUUAAGUAACAAUUAUGCACCAAUAUUGAAUUUUUGAACGCCUGUUAUAUGAAAUGAAGUCCCCUUUAAUAUAGACCACAUGGAGAAUUAAAAAAAUUUGAAUUUCAAUAUGAAUAAAGACUUGCUAAAGUGCAAAAAUUCUGCAUUUUGACAUGUCCCUCCGGGCACCCUCUGUGACUUCUAGGAAGAUUUUAAACCCCCAAAAUACUCCAGGUUUUCACCAUCAUUUAAUUGGGUUUCCAUCCAAUUGGCGACAGAUUUUCAUGCAAAUAUUCUAAAAUCUGCAAAAAGAAAAUAUGUGCAUUUCCCACCAGUGGUGUGUUUCCACCAAACAGACUUGUUGCGGAUAAAAAUCAGUGUGUGAUGACAUAGUGCAAACUAAAUGUACUUUUUUCUUGUUCCGAAUAAAAAUCUAAAGUUCAAUGCAUUGCAUUUUUAACUCUAUGGAAAGUUUUGUCACAAAAACUGUUGCAUAUUUAACGCAAACAAAUGUGCCUACUUUGGUCUUGGCAUGUGCGCUCAAUAGCCAACAGCUCUCAGAUACAGUUCGGGUAGGCUGUGCAGGUAGGUUAGUCUACAUGAUGAGAUUAUUAUGGAUAAGAGAAUAUUUUUAUUUGUCAAAUGGCAGUCAAGCAUCGAUCAUCAUGUCACCAGAAUUAGACCCUCGAUAUUUAUUGGAAAGGAGCAUCAAGCGCAUCACCGUGCACUUUAACCCCCCUGUGAAGUUCAUCAUAAUUUAUUUCAUCUGUAGCCUAAUAAACUGCAAGGUUUCCCCAGUCGUAGUGGGAGGAUCACACAACAUAUCAUUGCGUGACUUCGGUACGAUGGUUAAUACUCCCUGUAGACUAGAUGUCAUAGCCAUGCAUUUCUGGAAUAUUGUCAGGCAUUGCAUGCAUUUUAGGAAAGAUGCAAAUUUGAAAUAUAUAGAUUAUUUAGUUUUUAUCUGUAUGGGUUUGAUACUGUUUUGUAUACAGUAAAAAAAAAAAUUGUUAAGCCACAUUUUAAUACACUUAUCUAGAUGUGUUUGUGUGUGUUUCUCAUAUUUUCUCACAUCAUGAAAAUCAACAUGCGGUUUGGUGGUUACCGUUUCCUGUUGCUCACUCCACAGAUCACUCACUAUGUAACACAUGUCCUAAGCGUAUGUUAUUUUGGGGGUGUAUUCUCACUCUGUGCGUUUAGUUCCUGUUACAGCCCAGAGAGUCUAAGCCAAAUCCGGUUUGUGUGUGUAGAUUCUGGCAGCCCUGAGGAACCUGCACUUUAAGAACAUUGUCCACUGUGACUUGAAGCCUGAGAAUGUCCUGCUGGCCUCUGCCGAGCCCUUCCCCCAGGUACAUACACCUGUUAUCACACUAUCACACACACCAUGACUCUACAUAUCCAAGGUAAUGUAGACAGCACUUAACUCCAUGUAAUGCACCUUAAUGCAUAUUAUACAAAUUCACCCUGACUUCAUUCUACUCCAAAGUAGCGAUUCACACAGUAUUUCUUCUUCUUCUUCUUCUUCUUCUUCUUCUUCUUCUUCUUCUUCUUCUUCUUCUUCUUCUUCUUCUUCUUCUUCUUCUUCUUCUUCUUCUUCUUCUUCUUCUUCUUCUUCUUCUUCUUCUUCUCACUCUUGUCUCUCCCUCACUUGUCGCCCCUCCCCCCCCCAUUCUCCAGGUGAAGCUGUGUGACUUUGGCUUUGCCCGUAUCAUUGGUGAGAAGUCGUUCAGGCGUUCGGUGGUGGGCACCCCAGCCUACCUGGCCCCAGAGGUGCUGCUCAACCAGGGCUAUAACCGUUCCCUGGACAUGUGGUCUGUAGGAGUCAUCAUGUACGUCAGCCUCAGUGGCACCUUCCCCUUCAACGAGGAUGAGGACAUCAACGACCAGAUCCACAACGCUGCCUUCAUGUACCCACCCAACCCCUGGAAACAGAUCUCACCUGAUGGUAAGACACACACACACACUUGCACUCAUGCAUGGCAAAUGCAAGUGUCUUACGCACGGGUAAGUAUAUCCAAAUAUACAGAUUAUCAUGGCAUACACAUACAGUUCACAUACUGUUAUCACCUGUGUGCCUGUGUUCCUCUUCAGCCACUGACCUGAUCAACAACCUGCUCCAGGUGAAGAUGAGGAAACGCUACAGCGUGGACAAGAGCCUCAGUCACUCCUAUCUACAGGUACGCUAGUCAACAGAAGCAGCUAUACAAAAGUCCAUUACCUACAGUGGAGACACCAGAGACACAAGGCCCCCUAACUGACUUAUUUCUCAUGUAUCUCUCCGUCCUCAAACCUCUUAUCUCAUCCUCUUAUCUUCUUCCCCAUCCUCCCUAUCCUCCCGUCAUCCCUCCCUCCUCAACGUUUCCUCCCUCCCUCCCUCCAUCCUCUCCAGGACUACCAGACGUGGUUGGAUCUAAGGGAGCUGGAGACCAAGCUGGGUGAGCGCUACAUCACCCACGAGAGUGACGACUGCCGCUGGCAGAUGUUUGCCCGCGAGCACACACUCCCCUAUCCAGCCCACCUGGUGCCCCCUCUGCCUGCGCCCGGCUCCGACGAUGAGGCCGGGGAGGAUGCAGACAUGCAGGGGCUCACCGAGAGGGUCAGCAUACUCUGAGAACCAGGAGAACCAGCAGAACCAGGACCCACGAGGGCCCAAGGGACUCAGACUGACCCAGGGAAGAGGAGGGGAGUGUGGGGAGCGAAUGGGGAGAGAGAGGGGCUGGCUGGAUGGAUGGAGGUCUAGAGAGUGGGGAGGGUGAGGCUGGGAGGUUUAGCUGUAGAACAGUGCCUUCUAUAGAGAUGAUCCCGCCCCUAUCCGUCUACUAAUGGUGUCCACUCUGGCCCAAGCCUGUCCAAUCUCCAGACCCCAUCCUUGACCCCUCUCUCAUCGGUCCAGCUUAGCUCUUCAACCCUAGAACUCGUUGAGUGUAAGAGACUGCUCUUCUGUAUCCCACAAGGACAUACUGUACUGUAUCCAGUGGUGUCAGGGGAUGUGUAGAAUAUCAUUGCUGCAGUGUGCUCAUUCAGUCUAAACUGCAGUAUGGCAGAGGUCAGUUUGGGUGAACACUCAAACUGCAAACUAAGCUCCUGGCGGAGGCACAACACGCUACUUUCUCUCCAUCUCAGAAGCCUGGGGAAGCACAUAAAAUGCCCCCUCGGGUAUGUCAUCCUGGAGCCAGCCAGCCAGACAGACAGACAGACAGAGAGACAGCGAGAGAGAGAAA